AUGGAUUGGUUAAAUAAAUAUGAAAGUGCUACUGAAUUAUAUAACGAUACAAUACAUUAUUGGUCAACCCAGAAAUAUCCACCUGGAAAAUGGAUUUUAACAUCAUUUGAUGAAGAAUCAAUUAUAGUCUAUCAAGCAUACAAUCAAGAUAUAGCACAAUUUGCCUGUGAAAAUGGUUGUUUUACAGGAUGCCCUGAUUAUAAUCAGAAUCGUAUGACAUAAAAUGGUGGUCAUUUUGAUUGGAAGCCAGCAUGGCAUUGA